AUGGAAGUGCUGCCCUCGAUCAACUGGAGUUCCAACGGCGCAUCCUUUGAUCCGGCUUCCGCCGCCUGCUAUCCGCCGGCCACCGCCUUUGCCCAUUUCGGCGGCGAUCGGCAGCCGAGAGCCGUUCCAGGACACUCUGCGUCCGGCAACGCUCUGCCGCGGGUGCCGCUGCCUAGUAUGAGCGGUCCCGGCCAUGGCCACUACUCCAACUACGACCAGAUCCCGGGGGACCGGCCCCUGCUCCCCUCGACCCGGGAUGAGCUCGGCUCGAUGCCGCCGCUCGAUGCUCACGGCGGCUACCUGGGCCGUCCGGGCUACCUGCACCGCUACCACGCCGCCGAGCCGGCCCUGCACGCGUCUGGCUACAUGGCCAGCCACUCGGCCCAGCUGCUCGAUUCCAGGGUCGGCCAGCUUCAGGAGCAGCAGCACGCGCAGCAGCACCAGCAUCAGCAGCACCAGCACCCGCACCAGCACCCGCAACAGCACCAGCAACAGCACCAGCAACAGCACCAGCACCAGCAGCACCAGCACCCGCACCAGCAAGCCCAGCACCAUCAGCAACAGCAGCAGCAGCCAUUGCCUCCGCCACCGCCGCCGCCGCCGCAACAACAACAGCAGCAGCAGCAGCCCGAGCAGCGCACGCCACGCCCACCCAACGCAUGGAUCCUCUACCGCUCGCAAAAGUUCCGCGAGCUGCAGCAGACAAAAGACCCGCAGGCGCGCUCGGCGAGCACGGGCAAGUCCAAAUCGCAGGCCGAGAUCUCGCGCAUCAUCUCGACCAUGUGGCAGAGCGAGACGCCCGAGGUGAGGCGCGAGUUUGAGGCGCUGGCCGACGAAAAGAAGCUCGAGCACCAGCGCCUCUACCCGACCUACCGCUACCGCCCGCGCAAGCGCGUCAAGGACAACGGCAACCACAACAGCCGCUCGACGCUGCAGAGCCAGUCGGCAUCCAGCGCCGCAGCGUCAGGCUCGCAGCAGGCGGCGGGCGCAUCCCAAGGGUCGCACCGCAUCGACAGCCUCGGGCGCCAGGCGGCGCGGCCGUAUCAGUUUGCGCCCUACGACGUUCCCUCGAGGGACCCUCUGGCCAGGCAGGGCCAGCAGAGCUUCCGGAGGCUAGACUCUUCGCUCCUCGCGCCGCCGCUCACGGCCUCGGAAAUUGGUGGCUGGGACAAGCGCAAGGCGACCGACGACAUGCUUCGGAGGUCGGGCCACACCUUUGGCCAAGGUGGCGGGGAGCUGAGCUCGGAGCUCGGCGUCGGGCUCGUCGGCGGCUCCGGCACGUUUUCCUCGCCCGCCGUGCCAUCGCAGCACCACCCGGCGCGGCUCUCGAACCCGGCGGGCCACCUGAGCAGCUCGCCGAUGCCGUCCAACUACCUCCGCACCUCGAACGUCGACGGCGGUGGUGGCGGGGCGCACGGGUCCUUUGCCUAUCCGCCACAGCACGCAGCGACGAGCGGCUCGCAGCAUGGCCUGGUCGGAUGGCAGGGCGAGGCGGCGUCGAUGUCGCUGGGAGGCGACAUGCAGCGCGACUUCCAGACGCCGUCUUCCCACUACUCGUCGUUUUCAGACGGCGACAGCGCCAAGGGCCGCAACAACGGCGGCGGCAGUGGCAUGUUUUCGCGGGUCGACAGCGCCCGCACCUCGCCCUCGAUGCACCUCGCGGGAAUGCCGCAGGGCCACAGCGGCGGCAAUGGCGGUGGCGGUGUUGGUGUCGGCGGCGCGGGAGAAGCCAUCGCCGGACGAUCUGGGCCUAUCUUCAGCCCGGGCGACGGUCAGCACCAGCAGCUGCAGCCGACGAGCCACGACUACCACUCGGGCCACUCGCACCAUGCCCACCAGCGCAACGCGUCGCGCGGCGCCGGGACGAUGCAGGCUUCGGCGCUGCACGAUGGCGGCCAGUUCCGCUACGGCGCGUCGUCGUCUUCGUCGACGUCGUCUGCCUCGAGCUUCAUUUUCCACCAGCUGCCCUCGGACAUCGGUGGUGGUGGUGGUGGUGGUGGUGGCGGCGGAGGCGGCGGCGGCGCUAGCGGCGGCGGCAGUGGAGGCUACGCUGCGGGAUCGGCAUCGGGGCUGGGGCAGGCGUACGAGGCCAACGGUCUGAUGGGACGGAGCGACGACGACGUCAAGUCUUACCAGCAGGACGGCAUCGACACCGCCGCGCAGCAGCAGCAGCAGCAGCAGCAGCAAAGCAGUCGUCGGGCGUUCUUCUUCAACGGCAGCAGCGGCGGUGGUGGUGCCAGCGGCAACCCCGGCAACAGCGGCAGCAGCCACGUGUCCUGA